AUGGUAGACCCAUUCCAAGGAACAUGGAAUGUUGAUCUCACGAGCAAGGAGAGUCGCAUUUGGGAUGCUGAGAAAGAAACCUAUGUCGCCGACAAUAUUGGCUCGGAAAUUACGAAGAUGAAGAUCGAGAAUGGGGUCCAAGAGUAUGAGGUCCUUUAUGGGCAGAAUCCGACAUUACGAAUGGGUUAUACCUCACGCUACGACAGUACAGACUGGGCUCCCUACACAGUGAGAGGCAUCGAAGGGGUCCCAGAACAAGAUCAAGAGCGGGCAGCGAUUGAGUUCCGUGAACGUACAAAGAGCCCAUAUCCUUUUGCUAUCGGUAAACCCAUUCAAUAUGUCCGCACCAUCAAAGUGGAUGAGCGUACGCAUUACCGUAUCAGCAAGGAUGUCAACGGCCAGGCGGACUUUAUCCUUAUGCGGCGCAUGGAUGAGAGCCAGGAUACAAGAUCCAAGAACAACAACAGAGCAGAAGGCACUAAGCGAUUCAAGAUUUACAUCUUUGCUGUGAAUCAUGCCCGUGAUGGAGAGAGCAUUGUCAAAUUUUCCCAUGAUCUCGGCACUGAUACUCUCAGAUUCGAGCAAGAGUUCAAGCAUUCUGCAAUCAGGACACCGAACGCAGUAGCUGCCGCAAGUCCUAGUUCAUUCUUCGUUAGCAAUGAUCACUACUUCUACGGAGGUACUCUGGGUGGCGUUCCACGACAUCUGGAGCACAAGUACGGUCCGUUCUGGUGGGCAUCCAAUGUUGUGCAUUGCUCAACCACUGAUGAUUUCGUGAAUUGCAAAACCGUCUCUCCGAAAUGGUCGCUUCUUGCGGCUAACGGGGCUGUAUUGGUGGAAAACGGCACUAAGCUAUUGAUCAACGAUCUACUUGACGCGAGCACGACCAUCUAUCGGGUCGAACCGCAAUCCAACAUGCUUACAUUUAUGAAGAAGAUAUCUCACGGCUCGCAAGUAGACAAUCUUUCACUUGUGUCUGGGUCAGAAGAUGUCUUAGUCUGCGCAUUUCCUGACAUCGCAAAAACCUGGGAACGAUUAUCGCAGCCGCUGAAUACCAGCCUUCAUGUCGAUGCAGCUAUUAUUCGUCUUGGCAAGGGGGACGAAUACCGUCCCAAACUACUCUACUGGGACGACGGAUCGCUUUUGAGCGUACUGACAGGCGCUGCUUUUGAUGACAAACGCCAAACAUUAGUUGCUGGGGGGGCGAUCGAGCAACACUUUAUUGUCUGCGAUAUCAGUGACGCUUAG